AUGUUAUUGACCAAUAUUAAUUAUGCAAUGGGAAGAAUCUUCCCAGUAGUUGAUAGAAGCAAAUACUAUCUGAUAUGCUUUGAUCUAAGGGUUCCAACAUACUUCAUUAUAUACCAUGUGACCCGAAAUGGCUCUGUUGAGGAAAUCUAUGGAAUAAAACACAUUCAUGUGAAAAAGUUGCUUGGGAACUAUUUGAAAACAGAGAAUUACCAAAAGUCAACAGCUUUCAACAAGAUUAAAGCGCAUGUAAUGAAAAUGACAUGGAAUGUAGACAAAGAAGGAUCAGACUGUGGAGUAUAUCUUUUGAAGCAUAUGGAGCCAUAUAUGGCGGAAAAUGAAGGGCCUUGGGAUUGCGGUUUUACAGGAAAAAAACAGACUGAUUUACUUUCAUUAAAUAAUCUACGAAUCAAGUACAUGGCAAGGCUUAUGAAAUCAGAGUACAACAAACAUAAAAGUAUGUUGGAUGAAUACGAAAAAGCAUAUGAGAGGCUUGAUCCAUUGCAAAUAUCGGCUAGGAUGAAUGAAGUGAAGGAAAUAAGGGAGAAAUAGAAACGUGGGAGGCGUCGAUUUUAAGAUGGGAGUGUUAUGAUGUUAGGAUGGUUGGUUUUCAAAGACGUUUGGUAGUAUGUUUGGCUUAAGUCUAUGUUUUCUUAUUUUGGUCUAGUAUUGUGUGUUUUGGGGUAACAGUUUAUGAAGGUAGGAUUCGUAUAUGGUGUAAGACUUUUGGUAAGAUUGUUUGUUUUGGUCUACCUUAUUUACAUUGGAAAGUAUCAUGUUCUAGAAUUGUUUGUUUUUUAGAAACAUGUUAAUGUGAAUGGUGUUUGUUGUUGUAUAAUUUAUUGAUUGC